AUGUUAAGGUAUACUCUAGUGGACUUCGAAAGAAGUUAUCAGAUCAAAAUCCCUUCUAACUUUAUAAAUUUUAAAAGAAAUUUUUGUACCUUAGAAUCUAAAUUAAAUCCUUUUUACGUCACAGGUUUUGUAGACGGUGAAGCCUGUAGAUUUCUAAUAAGUUUACAUAAAAAAGAUUUAAUGUUAUUAAAUAGCAUUAAAGAAUUUUUUGGUACAGGUAGCGUAUUCCAUAUGUCUAAAGACUCUGCACAAUACCGUGUUGAAUCUUUAGCAGGUUUAGAAAUUAUAAUGAAUCAUUUUGAUAAAUACCCUUUAAUUACAAAAAAACAAGCAGAUUAUAAGUUAUUUAAAUUAGCCGUUAAUUUAAUAAAAAACAAAAGCCAUCUUACUAAAGAUGGAUUAUUAGAACUUGUAGCUUUAAAGGCUGUAAUAAACAAUGGGAUUAAUAAUGAUUUAAGUAUUGCUUUCCCAAAUAUUGAUACUGUUUUAAGACCUCAAGUACAAGUACCUCAAAUAAUCAACCCUAACUGA